AUGUCCUCACUCUUACCCGGACACCUUCUUCUCCUGGUAGCAGAGCAUGCAGACUUUGCCCAGAUCCAAGCUCUCCGAGCCACCUGCAAGAGCAACCGCGCUCUACUGGACAGCUACCAACACACUGUAACCAAGGUCAACGCCGCCCGUUAUCCCUACGCACCAUGCAACCACAUCCUCGCCUCCGAUACCCGCGAGCGAGAGGUGCUACCGAAGGACACUUUCGAAAUCAUCAAGGAACUUGAGACUCGGCAUCAACACAUUGAGGAGAUUAUUCACGGCGCAUACUUAGCCUUCUGGGAAGAGUACGGACUCCAGGACAUGUCAAAGGCGAACACUAUCCGGUCGAACCUGAAGAGAGCCCUUUGGCAAUGUUCCGCAAUCGCAGACUUGGAGACACAUUCAAUAUGGUACAGGGACGACAUUAUCCCCUGCCGCGACCCCUGUAUCAGGUCUCUGAUUCAUCAAGAGAUUAUACUCCACGAUGCUCCGCCCCCUGAUGGCUGGCAUCUGGCCCUUCAAGAGGUCCACGAGUCCAACCGCCAGGAUGUGCGCUUCCGCCAGAUCAAUCACGUCCGCAGUCUACCUGUCGAAGAGCUCGCAGGCAUAGUAGUCCUCGCGCAUCUCGCUAGUCAAGGGUAUCGGAGGUACAGGGCACCAACGACCGGCGGGAUGGGGAGGCCAGAAAUCAUCGAGAUGGGCGUCUGUAUGGCGGAGAACACUAUCCGGCACGGUGUCUUCUUCCUCUACUCCAAGGUGCGGGGCGACGACGACGGGAAGCACCACGCAAGGCUGCUCCUGGACGAUACCUACGACGAGAUGCGCCGCUGGGAGGCGGGAGACCCUAGUGUGCUUCCGGGGCUGACGAUGAGCGUCGCGUCAACCUUUAACGAGAAGAUUGGGUGCGAGCACCGACAUAUGUUGGACGCUGCGUGUACCCUGAUGAGAGGGGAUGUCUGGCGUCCGGCAGACGAGAAGAAGGGCGAGAUCGAGGUCGAGCUUGAGGCUGAACAGGAGAAGCCUACUGGGCAGGUCGAGCAGGAUAUUUCUGCAGCACAGGGAGGAGGCGAGGAGCAAAUUUCAUAA